CAAUAAAAAUAACGACAACGCAUAUCUACACUGUAACUACUGGUAUUGGGCAUAUUCGUUUAAAGAGCCAGUGCAGUGCUGAACCAUAAAUUAUGUGACAUCUUAGACCGAGAGUCUGCGCGCAAAAAAAAAAAAAAAAAGAUUUCAUUACUUUUCAUUGUUAUUGUUAUAAUGUCUUCCAAAGUUUUAGUGAAUGGGCACGCGUAUGUUAAGAGCUGCCUCGUGUAUUGUAUUCCACUGACCAAUCACAGCGGAGACUGAGAAGUCGCGCCGGCAGCCGACUACAAAUACUUGACCCGGGUCGAGGAUUUGUGGAAACAAUACCGGGAUUCUGUGAUUCUGUUAGAACACUAAGCAACUUAACAAGAUGCGUAACGCAGGCAAAGUUUUAAAGGAGGCUCUGUGGACUGCCAAUGCAGAAGACCGCCUUGUCAUCGGCGUCUACGAGUCUGCAAAAAUAAUGAACGAAGACCCUGACAGCGUGGCUUUCUGCGUGCUGGCAACUGAUGAGGAGUUUGAGUGCGACAUCGCCCUGCAGAUCCACUUCACUCUGAUCCAGGCGUUCUGUUUCGACAACGACAUCAGCAUCGUCCGCGUGAACGACAUGCAGCGGCUCUCCAACAUCGUGGGCGAAAAGUCGGUGGAACUUGAGGAUGCGCACUGCGUUCUCAUCACGAACCCUGCUGAAGGUUCGUGGCAGGACCCGGCUCUGGAUAAACUGCACCUGUUCUGCGAGGAAAGUCGCAGUCUGAAUGAAUGGGUUCCGGAAAUUACUCUUCCCGAGCGCUGAACCAGGACUUUCCAACUCUCUACGGAGAUUCUGUAAGCCCGAAGGAGUAAACAUUCUACGAAACGAGGAUGGGAGAAACUCCAAUCAUCCCUGGAUGUUCCUGAAGAGGAUCUCAUUCCAGGAAGCCCGGUGGCAGCAGCGAGGACUCCCCUGCAGUCACGCGGUGGUCGGCUUGUACCAGGAUGACCCAUCCUUUGUGCGGAUGUGGUCUGGUACACCACGAGAGCGAAGGGAAUCGAACUUUCUCUGGUGUUCCGAAAGGAAAAGUUGCGUUGAAGAAUGGUGUUGAUGCAGGCUGGCACGCCUUGCAGACAGAGCCGAGGAAAGUUUUUCCUCUCAAGGACACAUGACACGACGCGUUCUUGAGUUUAGACAAUGCUGGUAUGAAGUAUUAACAUGCUUGGCAUGAACAACAGUAAAGAGUUCACAGGUUUAUGCGUAGAAGCUUCCUGUGUCACAGGGGGCAAUGUUAGCGUCUUUAAGAAGACUUUGAGGGAACUCAGAA